GAGUCUUAUCUUUCAUCCCUCUCAAGCAAUACAUACUUGGUAGCCUGUGACGAGGAUGGUGAGAAAAGAGAGUGGAGCGAGAGAAAGGAGAUAGAGAGGGGGAGACAGAAAUGCAGGAGAGGGAGAGAGAAAGACAAGUUUUUUAAGAGGUUAGGUGGUUAGAACACUGCUGAGAGACUGUUAGGCUACAGUUCUUCUUUUCAGUCGGCUGAUCAACCUGGACUUUUCUAAACCUAAAGAGGUGGCACCUUAAACUUAGCUUUCUCCAACCCAUGAGUUUCUGUGGGACAAUAAAGACUGAGUAAGAGAGCUUUUGAUUUUGAUACCAUGGACAACCACACAUUCGUCGCUACAACCGUCAAUGCAACUCAUAAUACAGAACUGAAAGAGAUGCCACAGAAUCCUCUUGAAGUUCAGAUUGUUACUAUCUUUCUUGCGAUACUUAUAUGCGGUGUUGGAAUAGCAGGAAAUAUAAUGGUAGUGUUGGUUGUGCUGCGAACCAAGCACAUGAUGACCCCGACCAACUGUUACCUUGUCAGUCUUGCUGUAGCAGACCUUAUUGUGCUUUUAGCUGCAGGCUUGCCAAACAUUUCGGAUGUGGUUGCUUCAUGGUUAUACGGUUACGCAGGAUGCCUUUGUAUAACAUACCUGCAAUACCUUGGCAUUAACGUGUCCUCCUGCUCGAUCACAGCGUUCACUGUUGAACGAUACAUUGCAAUAUGUCACUCUAUCAAAGCGCAAUUUAUCUGCACCGUGUCUAGGGCAAAGAAGAUUAUUGCGUGUGUAUGGAUCUUCACGUCGCUCUAUUGCAUUAUGUGGUUCUUUUUAGUGGACACGGAGGAAACUGAGUACGCCAAUGGGGUAAUGGUCCGAUGCGGUUACCGUGUCUCCAGAAACCUUUACAUGCCAAUUUACUUUCUAGACUUUACGCUGUUUUACGUUAUUCCAUUGAUUGUGGCAACUGUGCUGUACGGCCUCAUUGCACGAAUUCUUUUCAUGAGCCCAUUGCCGAGCAACGUCAACGACAGAGGCGAUUCUGUGCACCAGGGGCGCAGCAACAGCACUGUCAAGGUAUCGGGCAAGUCUAACAAGGGCGCAGUGUCUUCAAGAAAACAGGUCACAAAGAUGCUGGCAGUGGUAGUUAUUCUUUUUGCCUUGCUCUGGAUGCCAUACCGAACACUGGUGGUGGUCAACUCCUUCAUGGACCCACCAUACACGGACAUAUGGUUCCUGCUAUUCUGCCGGAUGUGCAUCUACACCAACAGCGCCAUCAACCCCAUCAUUUACAACCUCAUGUCUCAGAAGUUCCGCGGCGCCUUUAAAAAGCUUUGCAAGUGUCCAGGCCACGGUCCAGAGAAGGUAAACAAGUACAAUGUGCCAGUGUAUUAUAGCGUCAUUAAGGACUCCUCCCAUGAAAGUAAUGAACCUCUCACAGAGCAGGAGGAUGCUUGUAGCUAUGGAAACACUGUAAAGAGGGUCAACUUUACAGAUAAGAAUAAUGAUACAAGUAAUAUGUUCAGUAUUGCUUGAUACAGGCUAAUCCAUCCUUUUUUUAAAGCUCCAGUGUAUGGUCAAGCCCAGGGUCUUAACAUAAUAUAGACGUAUUAUGAAAUUAUGAGAGCUGUCUGUUAUUGUGUAGUUGUUGAAAUGGCAACACCCUGCCAGAACAUGGAACAAAAUAUGCUUAGUUGUCUGGCCCUGUGACAAACACACUGAGAAACAUUAUGUUGCACACUACAGAGGGGCCAUUCUUGUGUAAUUGACUUUAUGGUGUGUAAAAAGGAUUUGUGUAGUAUUAUUGCUGUUAUUUUACUGGUAAACACUCAGAUACAGAUAUCAUUUCUACAUUUGUGUAUCACCUAAUAUUUAGGUGUUGUUUUUUGUUUCAUUUAAAGUAGCAUUUUUUAGGAGUAGGAGUAUUUAGGUACUAUAUUUUGUUAUUUUACAAGUGUUUGUAAAUAUUUCACUAAACAUGAAAAUGUUGCUUGUUUAAUUUGUUUUGCAUGCCAUGCUGACACUUGAAGUGGGUGAUACAGUUGUGCAAUAUGUGUUUGAUUGCAGUAUUACUAUAUGAAAGUAUGUUCAGGACAGGAUCAGUCAAAUGCCAUCAUACUUUUGGGAAACUUGUUGUUAUGAUUUAGUGUUCAAGUUGAUGAAUCAAAGUAAAAGGUAUAUAAGCAGUA